GAAAUCCAGAAGGGAAAGGAAACGGGCUAAGAUCCACGGGGAACAACGUCUAUUUCUUAAUCUGUCUCCUGCCCCAAAUAGCUCUACUCUCCUCCCCCACUUGUGUUUACCGUGUCUGUUUCUUUCUCUGGCAGCAGAUGCCACCAGGCAUUAAAGUAGGUCACAGAGGGCGGUGAUGAACCCACAAAGGCCCUCAGGCCACGACCUCCCCUGACCUCAGUCAGAGGAGGGCUCCCGGGUCUGGAGCCAGGGGGCUCCCGGGUCUGGAGUGGCAGAGCACAGACCCAGGGGACCCCGUGCUCUUCAAGACCCCCUGGCAGGGCCCGAGCUCCCUAGAACCACAGCGGGGUUCCUCAGUCCAGCCUGUUCUUUCGGAGCACGGCUUUGACCUGAUCAUGACCGACAUUCGGGAGGGACAAACCUACUACGCGGAGGAUUACCAUCAACAGUACCUGAGCAAGAACCCCGAUGGGUACUGCGGCCUCGGAGGCACCGGAGUGUCCUGUCUGCUGUGUGUUAUGGUCCAAAAAGUGAGAAGCUGACCUUGUGCAAGCCUGGAAGAAGGCCCUCACCAGGAACUGAAUAAUCUGGCACCUUGAUCUUGAACUCGCAGCCUCCAGAACAGUGUCUGAGGCUAUCCUCGCUCUACUGUAUCACCUGAGCUAUUUGGACCAGAAGCCUCGGAUCCUUUCUCCUAGGGAGUGGCUUCAGCUCUUUUGUCCUGAUCCAUUAGUGAACCUGAGAUGCCUCGACUUAGGAUCCCAACUGUGACCUGUGGCCAAAUAAAAAGUAGCAGGCCUGAGAAGUCAGAAACUUUGGAAAUCGUAGGCGGGGAUCCUGCAGACAUUAUAGAUUUUCCAUGGCAGGUGAGUAUUCUUCACCGCAGGAGACAUAUCUGUGGAGGCUCAAUCCUGAGCAGGUGGUGGAUUUUAACUGCGGCCCACUGCUUCAUAAACAGACAUAAAUCUGACUUGGAGAUUAUACAUAGUGCAAGAAGCACUGGCACCAAGAAAUCGAAGAGGAUGAAAGUGGACAAGCUAAUUACUCACCCUUAUUUUGACAGCUGGCUCUUGGAUAAUGACAUUGCUUUGCUCUUGCUCAAAUCUCCGUUGAAGUUGGAUGCCGAGAAAGUGCCCAUCUGCCUUUCAGAGGUCACUGACAUAGAGAGCUGGCGAAAUUGCUGGGUGACUGGAUGGGGCAUUACCAUUCCUAUGAAAAGUAUGAGUCAACAGCUAAACAAAGUCAGCCUCAACCUGGUCAAAUGGGAAACGUGCUCCUCUGUUAUGUAUGUGCUCACCAGGAACAUGCUGUGUGCUAGGAAUGCUGAAGAAGGGAAGGACGCCUGCCAGGGUGACAGUGGGGGACCUCUGGUUUGCCAGAAAAAAAACAACGAAAGCAUAUGGUUCCAGCUGGGCAUUGUCAGCUGGGGAGAAGGCUGUGGCCGGAAGGAAAAGCCUGGGGUGUAUACGAAGGUGUCUAAUUAUCUGUUAUGGAUUAACACGGAGACCACGCUCUCAGGAAGGCCUUAUAUGCAUGAGCCGGACUCUGGGUACAGUUUGCUUCAACCACCCUGGGCCAUCUUGAUACUGUAUUUUGUGAUACUUCUAUUACACCUGUGAUUAAACACUGUAGAGCC